GGGUGUUACUGUUAUUGAGCAUCCUCUGGUGCAGCAGCAGCAGCAGCAGCCCUCCCCCUCCGCCGCCUCUCCAGCAGAAUGCCCGACAUGCAAACGGAAGCAGCCGCUACCAUUUUGAAACACAGCACCGCCUAGCGCCAUGGACAAGAGCAACACAGUGAAGCUCUUCGUGGGCAACCUGGCGUUGGACACCACCCAGGAGGAGCUGUCGGCCAUCUUCGAACCGUACGGCCAGGUGGUCAGCUGCAGCGUGCUGCGACAGUUCGCCUUCGUCCACCUGCAGGGCGAGGGCUCUGCCGAGCGAGCCAUCCGGGAGCUCAACGGCCGGGAGUUCCGCGGACGCAAUUUGGUGGUGGAGGAGUCGAGGGGACGGCCGCUGCACUCCACCAAGGUGUUUGUGGGGAACCUGAGCGGGAUGUGCACCACGGAGGAUCUCCAGCAGCUGUUCCAGACAUUUGGGAAAGUUCUGGAGUGUGAUAAAGUUAAAGCCAGGCAUUCCUCUUCCGCAGGCUAUGCCUUUGUCCACAUGGAAAACAAGGAAGACGCGCUCCAGGCCAUCGAGGCCCUGCACGGCACCUCGUUUAAGGGCCGCCCUCUGUCCGUGGAGCUGUCCAAGGUCCAGCCCAGCAAGCAGGCCCCGACAGGAAAGAUCCCCUGUGUAAACUGUGGGAAGCAGGGCCACUAUGCUGGAGAGUGUCCCGUGGGGAAGCCCUCUCUGGAGCAGUACCAGAGUCAGGCGGCCGUGUUGGCUGCCGCUGCUGCUGCUGCCGCCGGCCUGCCUCUGCAGGUCCAGCAGAGCGUGCACAAUUCAGUCUACAACACCUCCACCUUUGACCCUACAUACGCAGCUCUCACUGGGAUCACCACUGGCACACGCACUGAUGGAAACCCAGUGAACCCAGCUGUGUAUGGGGCCCUCGCCAGCCAGGUGUAUGGUGCCAAUGUCGCCAGUCAGCUUUAUGGACAGGUGGCCAAUCAGGCAGCUCUACAAUCAGGGGCCACCCAGAUGUACAGCUCCAUGACUCCCAACAUCUACGGCCAGAUGACCGCGAGUCCUGCAGCUGUUGCAGCUGCCGCCGCGGCUUACUCACCUCAAGUUUACGCCCCCAGCAUGGCCAACUCCCACGUCUACCUGACUGCCGCUCAUGGAUUAGAUAUGUCCUCAGCAGCAGCAUCGGUCAACCCUGCCUACACCGUAUCUCCAGCGAUUUACGGUGGCGCCGGGCCAGCCUACGCUCACAUAAGCGCCCUGCAGGAUCCUACAGCCAUCUUUGAGGCAGCCAGACAGGCUCACUACUUCGCCCAGGGCCAGCAGGUUAUGGCUGACCAGCAGCAGGUGGCGGCCGCUGCGGCCGCAGCAGCUGCAGCAAAGUCCGGCGAGAGGGACCGCAGUCCGCUACGGAGGUCAGUCCCUCUGCUGCCAGACCCGGUGAUGAAGCCGUUCAUUUACCAGAGAGCCAAGCCACGGCGACCCCUGCUCCCCACGCCCGCUGGCCGAGCGGCAGAAGAGGCAGCCGAGGCUGCAGAGGACCCCAUGGCCAGGUACUAUGCCGAGUACUACCAGCAGUUGCAGCAGUAUCCUCAGUUCCAGUACGCCUACCCUCCACCGGGUGCGAUGGCCGCCCUCCAAGGCAUGCAGGGCAUGCAGGGGAUGCAGGCAAUGUCGGGGAUGUCGGGGAUGCCUGCCGUCGCCGCGAUGUCCGCCCAGUCGGUCGCUGCGCUGGAGUCCCUCAGGCCAGUGGUCCCCUCAGCUGCGGCAAUGGCAGCCGCCAUGGCUGCGCCAAGGGUGUAUGAGCCGCCGUUGCCGCCGCCCACGCGCAAGGAGGCCAUCCUCCGCCGCCCCGAACUCUCCCUUCACACGCCUGAGCCCCCCUUCCGAUAGUCGCACACAACUCUCUGCCCCCACCCCGCCCUCUUUGCCCGAACCCUCUUCCUGCUCCCCAAACUUGACCACCUUACAGCAGCUGUAUGUGUGUGUGUGAGUGUGUGUGUGUGUGUGAGUCUGUGGGUGGGCUUUGAGACUGGGGGCUCCUGGGUUUAUUAACCUGCUUUACGAGGGACUAACCUUGGUCCUGUUUGCAUACACACAGUGCAGCCAUGAAAGGGAGGCUCUCUCAGUGGUACGGGCAUUCUCUGUGCGUCUCCUUUUUACUUUUUGUCGUGCCAGUCUCACACAUGUGCCAGUAUUAGACUGACCCUGUCGGUCGUUUCAUAUGCCUUUAUUUCCGCAACCCAGUUAUGAUUUUUCUACGGCCAAAUCUACGAUAAAAGACAUUUUUAUCAGCCAUCCUCCUUAGGCCUAGAUCAGUCAGGGCAGCUAAUUUGAAACCUUUUUUGCCUUAUGUUGGAGAGUUUAUACAUUGUAAAGUAGAUGGGGAGUCAGUGAAACACAUAUUGUGUCCUGGUUGCAUUGCAUUGUGUCCAAUAGAACCAAGGUUGACGUGUUAUGGGGGGGAAGGGGUGUUUGUCUUGAAUGUGGUGUGAAAGAGAGAUUAGUGCGGGCUCUUGACCUUGCAGCGCACAAACGCAGCAGCUUAGACUGCGCCUUGCAGUAAAAACAAAGUAAAGCACACAUGAUACGUACUGUAAUGUAUGUUUGGAUCUCUCCUCGACCCCUUUUUCCCCACCUGUGCUCUAACUACCACACUGGAAGACACUGCCUCACCUCUCUCUCUAACUACAGCUGCCUACCUCUCACAAUUUCAGCGCAGAGUCUAUUAUAUUCCACGCGUUUCACCCAGUCAGCAUUUUCACUUCCUGCUCCUCGUAAAAGGCACAGGGUCAGCAGAUAAGGGAGGGUGGGACUUUUGUAGAUAUUCAGUUUUAAGUCCUCCUAUGUAUCAAGAGGCCUUUUUAAAAAAAUCAUAGUGUAUGUUUUGUUUGUUAUUUGAGUAGUUUUACAUGUUUGAAAUGGGGUGUAGUGAAUUGUAAAUGGAGAAAGAAACACCUGACUGACUGAGCUGUUUACAAAGGAUCUCUUCUGAUAGGGAUCUUGAUAUGUGACAAGCUCACUUAUGUGCCUAUAAGCUUCGAGUGCAUUAAAUGGAGGGAUCUCCCAUUUUUUAAAAGUGCUUUUUAAUCAUUUCAUGGAGGGGGGGGGGGGGUAAAGGGAGCUCACAGGGCUAUACGCUUUUGGUCUCCUGUACAUGAUUUCUUUCAUAUCAUGAGGGUUUUUAAAAAGCCACAAUCUGAGCCUCACGGGUUCAUUAUCAGCCGCUGGUUUUAAGCAGGAACAACAGUGAUAGCACCAAUGAAGUGAGAGAUCGGGGGGACGUGUCUUCCAGUUGCCCCUACUGUCCUACUUUUUUUCCAAAAAAAACCAGACCUGCUGCAGAUCGUCGCUGCAAAAAAAUUGUAGUGCCUGUUUCAAACCGGUUUUUGGAUCUGGUAGGUGGGGUUUGCCGCCUCCGGGUCACAACAGCUCGAGUCUCAAUCUCGUCCCGAGGGGGCGAACCCCACCCAUUUUGGGUCUGCAGUCACUUAAAACAAUCACUUUUUUGCGACUACUAUUUGCCUGCGGUCUGAUGCACACACAGACAUCCCCUCUGAAUCACCUUACUGCCUCGCUGUCCCCCCCUUCCCCUCUACCCCUGUGGUUUUUAGUGGUUAAGUGACUUUUUUGCAUCUCACAGUGUAAUAUUUCUGUGUUGUAUAUACAAACACAUACCAGUUGCAUCCUUUGUAGAAUUAUGUGGUUUGCGAAAUGUCUUGUUUGCCAUGUUUGAGACCGUAUUUUUUUUUUAGAGAAGUAUUUUAAUUUUGCCUUUUUUUUUUUAGGAAAAGACGACAAAAAGAUUAAAAAUCGGCAUGCUUUUUAUUGAGAAUAUGUAUACUAUAAUCAUUAUUAUAAUAAAGAAUGUUUGGCUGACUACUGUGGUAAAACAAAGCAAGGGUUUGGACAUUUCCCCUUCUUGUUUAUGUUGUUUUUCUCCACUAUCUGUUUUUUCUUGUGUAAAAUGACCACCAGACCCAUUUGACUGGGGGACCCGGGGGGACUCAGGUGUAGAUGCUGGCCCAGCUUUGCUUUCUUUGGUCAGGGUAAGUGCGGGUUGGUGCUCCUUUCUCUCUCCAGCCUCUCAAAAUGGGUGCAAACUAACAUUUCAAAUGAAAAGGAGUUUUCUUGACCGAAUUGAAUCAGGCUUUUGAAUUGAUUUUUCAUCAAUGCUGCACGCUGUUGAGCGCUGGGGAGAGGCACACAGAUAGAAUGGCCUGGGUGCAUUUUGAUCUGUGGAGCAGUUUCUGGGGUUGGUGGGUGUUUGCGUCUGGUCUGGUGUCUUCCUUGCUGCACCAAAUUCUCCCCCCCCUCCGUGUGUCUCUUGUGUCCACUCUUACUCACAGACCUGCAUGUGUGAUAAUCUGUAACUCUGCCGCAACCUCAACAACAAAAAAAAAAGAAAUUAAAAGGGCCGCGACAGUCCAGCUCUGAACUAACUAUCUCAACUGAAUUAGGUCACCGGCCCCCCGUGGAGCGGCCAGCGUGCAAACCUGUGUGAGCGUGGCGGCGUGAGCCAUGGGGACGACUUUUAGCGCGACGCCACCGCAGUGGGGACAUGUUCGCUCUCUCCUCACCACCAAGGUAAAUGACCAAGAAAAAAAAAAACGAAACCAAAAUUCAAAAGCACUGACCUCUCUCCCCCCCCCCCCACCUGCCGCCCCCUCCUUUGACUGUGCCUUGACCAAACACUUCCUCACCCUCCUCUCCUCCGCCAUCACCCCUUCCUCCCCGAUCCAUAACUCCUCCUCUGCUGCAAUGGCAGGGUCAUCGGUGGGGGGGUGAGGCUAGGACCCCCUUUCAAAAGUCCUGCCUAGCAUCAUGGCCCGCUAGUGAAUAAAGGGAAGUGUGAAAGUGUGUGUGUGUGUUCAGAAAUCAGAAUUCCUGUAUUCCUCUUAGAUUAAGGGUGUGUACAGGUGAGAGAAGUACUCAGAUCUUGUACUUGAGUAAAAGUACUCAGAUCUUGUACUAAAGUAAAAGUAGAAGUACCAGAGUGUAGGAAUACUCUGUUACCGUUAAAGUCCUGCAUUGAAAAUACGAGUAAAAGUAAAAACAGUAUUCUCAUCAAAAUGUACUUAAAGUAGCGACAGUAAAAGUAGUCAUUGUGCAGAUUGGUCCAUUUCAGAAUAAUAUCUCUGAUAUGUUUUAAUUAUUAUAUUAUAUAUAUAUAUUAUAUGAAUUGUAGUGGGGUAGAAGUACAAGUCCCUCAAAAUGUAUCUGAAGUAUUUGAGUAAAUUAAAGUUAUUACCACAGUGAGAAUGGAUGUGUGUGUGGUUGGGUUUUAUUGAUUGGUGAGGCUUGGAACAUGCGGACGACCCUUACCCCUCCCCUGCCCGCUAGUCGAUCCUCUCCACCGCCGUAUUCGUCGCCCUCACCCCUUCCCUUCCCUUCCUCCUUCCCUCUCCUCACCCCUUCUUCCUGUCCACUGUGCGCCUCUCCUCUCCGCCGUUCACACACACACAGCGCUUUUUUUUUCCCGCCGCCACCGCCGUCGCCACCUUGGAUCUGGGUCCGUGGCUCGGACUCCCAACUUCCCAGAACCACCCACCUCAGACCCAACCCCCCUUACCCCCACCUUCCAGUGUUAUCAUAAUGGCCUGGGCGUGCCAAUGGACAGUGUAUGUGUGGUGCCUCCCCCCCCCGCCGGACUCACUUAUAUGACACACAGAGAGACUUCACUGUUGGACGAGUCGCUUUGCUUGAAAUGCUGGGUUUGCUUCUCACAGCUGUGGAAGGGAUCUUUAACUCCCAGUAGCUCCAACUCACCUAACAUGAUAAACCCUCAAUUUCUCCCUCCUUUGAGGUCCCUCACAGCCUGUGUGCCAAGUCAGAAACAUCCUAUAAGGUAGGCCUAGGUAUGAGGCCGGUCUGACCUGUAGAUACUCUAUCUCAGGGUUCCUAUAGGACUUUUCUGGUACGGCCGCUCUGUUCCUCUAACACUGGGAUCAGCUGGAUAUGUGCUCUGUAUGUGGUUUUACCUUUUGAGAUUGUCCCUGAACCUAACACUCACCACCCCUCAAUCAUUCAGUAUGUCAAAUGGCCUUUGCUCUGACAGCUGCAAGAUGGAGUCAAGAGGGCGUUGACUUGCCUAACAUACAAAAGAGAGGGAAGAAGGAGGAGGAGAGGGAUGAAUAGAUGAGUUGAUUAAGAGGUGAGUCGGUAGUGGAGGGAUGUCAACAGAGGCUUCUUAACCUCACUUUCCUGAUAGUGGAGGACCCUAUAGUUGAUCGCCAUAAUAGAUAUACUGGCAAGAAUCCUUUUCCAGAAAGGUGUGCCGGUAGGAGAACUUUGACUUCACGGUUUCCCCUUUUGUUAUUAGAUACUAGUCAGGAAAAACUAACCCGGUCUCACUCCCAACUCAUCCAAUAAUACUUAAAUCAUGCUGUAAAUCAACAUAGAAGAGCGGGAAAAAAGUCUGCUUGGAGUCAAUGGGAGGGGAGGAAGAAGGCUGUCCACUUCAAGUCAAGAGGUUAAUCGUUUUGGUCGUGGUUUAUGAAGUUUUACGUAGUUAAUUUGUCCAGAUAUGUCAAUUAAAUCAACCAUAUUGUAGCAUAAGCAACAUAACUAACCUUUUUUUAAAGUACAAACAUACAUUUUUAGUCCAAACUACAAUCUUUCCAUUAGUAAGAUUAGUAAAUCUAAAAAGUAAAACGCAUGUCACAAGCAGAAAUCGACACGUCCUACACUAGAGGAGCAUCGAGUCAUAUUGGAUGAGUUGGAAGUGAGAUAUAAAAUGAUAGACAGUUAAAAAGCUGUCUCCCACCCAGGCCUCCAUCAUCAGGGCUUGUGGUGCUCCAGUGUUCUUCCUCCGCCUCAUCCUCCCCCCCUCCCAGGUCCUCACUAAAAGGCUUCUCCGGGUGCUUGCGAGUCUGGGCUUCCCGUGCUUGGGUGAAUGCAGCCUCGCAUCUCUUUAAACCCCCACCCCCUGCUCUGAAUUCACAGUCACACAGUACUGACAGCCAACAGCUCGCUGUAGCAUCCUCCUCCCCUACUUCCACUUCCUAACCCACUCCCCCCAAACCCCUCGCCUCCUGUCUGUGGUUUGGGCAGCUGAAGAACUAUAGUGUGUGCACAUCUCUGUACUGUGUUGUUCUGACGGGAUCCCGCAGGUUCCCUCCGUUGUCCUGCAGCAGGUAUCAGCUGUGCGUCUGGAACACACUGAGCACAACCUGUAGACCAUAAUGCCUUUUUUUUGAGUUUACAACAUGAGAUUUAGCCGAUCGAUAUUUUAGCUUUCCUAGCACAUAUGUGAAUAACAGGUAUCAGACUUUGCUCAUGUUAUCUUUGAAAAGCAGGAGUCAUACCCAUCCAUUACCUCAUCCAAAGGGAAUUGACAGAAUUGAAUCCCUGCAUUUAUUACAAAACUCACUACAUUUCUGCUUACACUUGGUAUUAUGAACUCUUAAUGCUGCAGCGUGUGACUGUACAUGUUAUUUUGUCUGUGUAAGAGGCUGUCUUUUUCCAUGGUCCGUGUCAUUAUCAAAAUUUGCUUUUAGUAGCAUUACGUUUACAACACAUCCCAUUCCCUCAACCCAGUAGUAGCACAGGUAACUACAAAAGGCCCAUGUAGCUAAGCUCCUUCAAGUAGGUUAAUGGACCAAGCCUGGUGUAGUCACAUCUGAAAGCCUGAUUAAUUAUAUCAUCCUAGUUUCCAAAGACACAUCGAGAGGUGACAGUAUAAUGCGUUACCUCCAGACGAUAGCAAUCUGUAUAUGAGCCCAUUUCAAGGAAAUCUUGUACCAGCACAAUGUUGAAUGGGAUGGGAGGGUUUGAUGAAUGUUAGCUGCGUCAACAUGUUUACUGUGAAUGACAAAUCCUGAUAUAAACGCAAAUUAUAUUGUAAGGUUGUGUAUGCAUAUAUAUGCCUUUUGAUCUGUAUUUCUUAAAAUGUUUGGAGCAUUUUUCAGUCUGCAUGCAUUAAUAAAACUUUUUUUUCUCAUACAAA